AUGCGAGGAAGAAGACGCCGCCCCUCAUCCCCUAAGGGACGUGGCAGAGUAUCGCCGCCGCUCGUCCAGAGAGGCAUCGAGACUCUGCCGACCAAUUCAAAAGGAAGAAGACGCCGCCCCUCGCCCCCCGUGGGACGUGGCAGAGUAACGUCGUCCUUGCAGAGAGGCAUCGUGACUCUGCCGAGCAGCUCAAAAUACAGAGUAGAGAAACCGCAGCAUCAGGCGCCGAGAUGGAUGCGCGACAGAAAUGGUAGACUUGUAUCCUGCAUGCCGAUGAGGCCCAACAUCGGCGGCUCAGGGGACCUCGAAGCCUUCUACCACGUGCAGCGCACCGGCCCGGACGAGAUCCUGCCCCCUCCGCAGACGCUCUGGAGGCAGCGGUACGGCGACGAGUGCAUGGUCAACUACAGACCGCUCUGGGUGGGCAUCGCGCAGAACCUCGUCCAACCGCUGAGGAAGCGUAGCGACGUGAGUUCUGACGCGGGGGACUUGGAAGGUGAUGUGGGAGUGCCUUAUUUGUUCGCAUACGACGAGACCUUAACUCCUGACGAGAAUGGAGAGCAAUAUGCGCGCUGGGUGCCGCUGAAGAUUCUCGCCAACGGCGGCUAUGGCGUUGUCAUAAUGUAUGUUGACGACAAGCUCAGCGUCGACGAAGAUACCGAAAUUGCACCUGAGGACAUCAUAGUUGCCAAGUUCAAUUAUAAGGAUGGUGAUCUUGUGGACAUCAUGGCUUCUGUGGUGGGCCAGAUCAGGGCCUCACAAAUGAUCCGACAAGCCCAACUAGAAGACGCACAGGGUUCAUUGGGAAGCUCCAGGACUCGGUCUAGCACUGACAGCUCAUUGGAGUAUUCCCACUUUCAGCAAACCACAGAAGAGCUCGACGUUGAUACCAAGCACUUAUUCCGCCAGGAGAACAUGAUUCUCGAGCUACUCGACAUGACCGGCUCGCCUCAUUUCCCAAAAUUUUGGAGGCUCCCGGAUUCACCACAGGACGGGACGCUCUGUACGAUGGGGUAUAUACCUGGCGGAGUGACGCUGGAUGAGCAUCUAGACACGAGAUCCAACGACAAGAUCCCCAUACGCCUGGUCUGGGAAGCAGUUUUCUGCCUCAGCAAGGCCAUGUCCGCAAUGGCCUACGGCAGUGAGGACCCCGCGCCGACGCACAGGGUCCAUGGGUGGAACCAGAUUGUCCACCUCGACUGGAGUGCCGCGAACAUCUUCGUGCGGCGGAGCUCCUUAUCACACACAUGCUCGCAUGGCCCUUGCUUCAUGGUCGGAGACUUUGGGUUUGCAGUAGUUGUGCCAAACAAGCGAAAUGCUCGGAUCGCAUUUCGUAACGAGCAUCUGAAAUUAGGAUGGCACAAGAACCUCAACCCUGAGCUGCCGGAGGCAAACAUAGACAUUGAACAACCAUUUAAGUUCCGGGAAUACGCGCCCAUUAUAGGUCACUUUUCGCACAAAACAAACGUCUUCCUCAUGGCCGGCGUGUGGAAGGACAACCUUGGCGGUAAUCAAAUCGGGAGGAUUGGCUUUAUGCGAUACAUGCAGGACGGUCUCACGGUAGCCGAGCAGACCCGACUUGCGUUUCACCUGGGGUUGGAUCUUGAGGCACAGGUCCCAGAAGAUGAACAGCUCGGGAAGCCCCUCAACAGGAACGAGGACGGAGACGAGGACGGAGACGAGGACGAGGACGAGGACGAUGCUAGCGAUCGCGCACAGCGACUGCGUGGGUAUGUCGAUUUGGCCGAGUCGCUGCUGAAACAGCAAGUUGUUCAGAACUUGAGAGUGUCCGAACAGCGAUUCGUAAAUCUUAUGACCCGUUGCCGUAGUGAAGAUCCAUCGCAGAGACCGGAGAUUGAGGAAAUCAUGCUACAAGCAGCUAGGGGAAUGGCGGAAGCUGGCGAGUAUGUACCGCCCUCACCCAGCAGCGGCAGUGAAUAG